UUUGCCCCCCAUUCUUGCCUUCUACUUAUCCCUAAUCACCUCACUUCAACCCAGCUGAGAAAAACCAAGAGAACAAGUGUCUUGGAUAUAAUCACAGCGACUGUAUGAUCAAGAUGGAGACCCUGGCAGGUUCCAGUCCUUUAAACCCUUCCAGCAAGAGACAAACAAGACAGUCUGCCGGAAUUAUGGGCAGGGCUCAGAAAACCAGUCCUGGACAGCACACACACUGUGAGAAAUGUUUCAACCGGCAAUGCCAAGUCCCAAUCGAGCUCACCAUCUCCUGCUUAGUGAUCAACUGCCAUUUACGCUGUGGGGCUGCCUUUCAUAUGUGUAAACAGGAAGAACACCAACUCCUAUGUCCCCUAGAGCAGGUCUCAUGCCUCAACGCAGUUUAUGGCUGCCCCUUCUCCAUGGCCCGUUUUAAGCUGGCAAAGCACCUUCAAGUCUGUCCAGCCAGUGUUGUCCACUGCUCUAUGGAAUGGAAUCGCUGGCCAAAUAUAGACUCAGAAAGCAUUCUACAUAAGAACAUUAUGAAGGAGCCACAUAAUGAGCAGUGUCUGGAUACAGCUCUAGCCCUCAGAGAUCAGAAGAUUCUUUUUAGGACUCUGAAAAUGGUCGAGCUGUUUCCAGAAUGGAGAGAAGAUGAUAAAAUGGAAGAACCAAUAGCUGGAGUUGCGGGUUUGGAAGAAGGAGCCAUUGGAGGAAUAGCAUGUGAUUCUAAAGAAGCUGAUGACCAAGUUGCUGAGCUUACCCAACAGGAGCGUGAGGAUUUGGCAAAGGAUAAGAAGGGGAUGGAUCUAGUAAGUUACAAAGCCUGGGAGAACAUGUUUAGCAAAGAGCUUUCAGCAUUGAAGGCAACAGACUUUUCAGCAAACUCAGAAAAAAAGGAAGGGGAUAGCCACAAGAAAACAGGACAGAUUCUUUGUGAUGGCAACCCCAAAGAGAAGACAAAGGAAGCAGCUAUUGUGGAAGAACCAAAAGAAAACAAAAAUAAUCAAGUGAUUACAGGUGCAGAAAAGACAGGUUUGGCUCCUUGGCAAGAUGGGAUCCUGGAGAGGUUGAAAAAAGAAGUUAACGUAGGGGAUUAUAACAUGUACCUGGUGCAUCAUGGGAGAAUGCUCAUCCAUUUUGGUCAGCUAGCUGCUUGCACACCAAGAGAGAAAGACUUUGUGUAUGGGAACUUGGAGGCUCAUGAGGUGAAGACUGUGUGCACCUUCAAAGUGCCGGUUAGCUAUCGUGGCAAAAGAGCACGAGUUGGAGAUGCCUUGGCAUACAAGAUAGCAACAAUGGAUAAGUCAGUGGAUACUUCAGAUUUGCAAAUAAGCCUUGAGGAAUUUCCUAAAUCAGAUACAGCCAGAAGUACACUAUUGUGUGCAUUGGAAAAGGAACUGAAAGGUCAUGAGAUCUCAGAAGCAAAGAAUAUUGAUGGACUGUUCAUGGAUUUUGGGACACAAACAUACAACUUUCAGGUGGAACCCUUCUCCUCUAGAGCUGUUCUAGCAGAUGUUCUGGAUAUAAAAAGCCCACCAGAACUCCAUGUAGAGCUUCAUACUGAGUGUGUUACUAGAAGACAUAACAAAAGCUGCUCAGCCUUCACAUUCACUUGCAAUCACUUCUUCAGGAGGGAUGAGUUUCCUUCACAUUUCAAGAAUGUUCAUGCUGAUAUCCAGUCCUGCCUAAAUGGAUGGUUCCAACAUCGUUGUCCACUUGCCUACUUGGGAUGUACUUUUGUUCAAAACCGCUUCUACCCUGAUAGUCGUAAAGCAAAUAUUAUCUACAGCCAGCAUCUUGAUACAUUUGCUAUUAAACCAGAAGUUGACCCUGUGCUCUCUGAAAUACAGAAAUGCAAUUUUACAAGAAGUAAUCAAGGAAAAAAUAAAGAAUCCCUGAGCAGCCUUCCAUUGGAACUUUUACAGUAUAUUGCUGGGUUCUUGGACAGCUUCAGCUUGUCUCAGCUGUCCCAAGUGUCUGUACUGAUGAGGGAUAUCUGUGCCACUCUACUUCAAGAGAGAGGGAUGGUCCUCCUGCUGUGGGAGAAAAAAAGAUAUUCCCAUGGAGGUACUUCAUGGAGAGCUCGCAAAAAGAUCUGGCAGUUUAGCAACCUGUUCUCUCCCGUUAACAACUGGCAGUUCAGUGAUGUUCCCUCCAUGUCUGAACACCUGAAGAUUUGUCCGUUCUAUGAUGUGGAGCACAAGAAGGAUCCAUUCUUGCUGGCCAGCAUGCAUGGACCCCGAAAGCGGGCUCAAGAUAGUUUGGUCUCAACCUUCAGGCAUGGAUCCUGAAUACAUCCUCCUAGCUUCCUCCCCUAGAUCUCUCAGAGGAAUAUUGGGAUCUGGGUUGCAGAAAUUAUUAUGUGGGGACCCCAUAAGAAAAUUCCCUUUGGAAACACAAAAUCAACCUUUUGCUGUUCUGUUUGGAAUAUGUUGCAUCAUUUCCCUUCAGUAUUUUAGCAAUACUAAAAAAAAUAAAAAUAAGAUCAUACUUUAUUCAGCUGAUUGCUGAUAGCACAAGUUUUCUGUUUAUUUUUUGUGUUUCAUGCUUGCUCAUAAAUAGAGCCACGUGGAGCAAGCAAUGAUAAGAGUACUGGUUUAUAGCAGCCAGUUGGCAGUCUGGAAAUCAGGGAAAAGCUACUGUCACCAUACUUUUUCCCUGCGGGAGGACAAGCAGCUAGAGUACCUAGUUUGGAUGAAUCUUAUCCUGGUCAGUAAGCAGAAUCGUCCACAACUACUAGCACACAGAGAAAUUCCUAGAGUGUACAUUUGCUAAAUUAUUUCAAAACUGACAGCUGUGGAGAUAGCAAAGAUACUGGUGUGCAUAGGCACAGGAGAACAAGCCCCAAAUUGGUGGAUGAAUUACAGCUGUGUAGAUGUUUUAUCAAGGAGGCAGGAAUGCAUCAAACAGAUAUUUGAGGGGAAAGGACUUACGGACCUGAUUCAUGAAAAUAUCCCUAUUCUGAACCAUAUUGCUUAAAGUAGAGAUGGUUGAAAUGGUUCAAAUAAAAAAAUUCUUUGUAAAAAAUGACAGUCAGAAUUAAAGACCAUUUUUUGACAAAAUUGCCCUAAAUGACAUACUGUUUUCAAUGUCAUGCAGUGAGUCUGCAGCAUUAGAAACAGAAAUUCCUGGCUUCUACGCUCAAACUUCUAAACAAUUCUCAUUUGGCCAGCUGAUGCAAAAUGGAAUAGCACCAUGAAAGUCAGUUUAUACCAGCUGAGGAUCUGGCCUAUAUUACAAUUAGUACCUGUCCCUAUGGUGUUGGUAUUAUUCCAGCUCUGGUCUGCUUGCGUCAAGUCCAGAGAAAAUUGCUCCUCUAGCUCUCUUUCUAGAGAGAGAGAUUAUGACAUCAGUUUCACUCCCCAUUCCAUACCUGUCAU